AUGAAUCGAAAAACUGAUAAACCUAAACCACCCCCUAGACCUAAACCAAAACCCAACCCAAUCCCAAAGCCAGCUCCUAAACCAAAGUCAAUUUUAAAACCACCUCCAUCCAAAACAAAAUUAUAUGAAAGUACUAUAGCAGAAAGAGUAGCAAAAAGAAGAGCUUUACAACCUAGAGUCAAAAUAAUCGAAGAUUCGACUAAUGAUGAAAGCUACAAUGAAGAAGAGAUUGAAAUACCUGAACCCCCAAUUCAAAAACCAAGUAGAAGUGUACUUCCCAGUCUACAACUUCCUCCAAUGUCAUUACGAACGGAACCAGGUCCAAAAAGUGCACCUCCCGAAAUAGUCACAAUGGAAAUACCCACUAUAGAACCAGAAAUGCAAACAAUAAAUGCAUUAGAUCCUCCAGCAAGUGGAAGCGAUAGUAGCUCAGAAGAAGAAGAAUUAUGCCUAACAAAAGAAGAAAUAGCUAAAACAUUAGACAAGUCAAUAAUACAAUUUAAUGAAUACUUAUCAAAUCGCCCGAAUUCAAUAAGAAUUUCACCAAGAAAUUGGACAACAAAUUCUGAUGGAAACGACGAUGAAGAAAUACAUAAAACAGCAAACGAAAUAAUAACUGGAGAUCACUCAGAAUUUUCCAAAAAACUAGAUUUUUAUUGA